UCCGCGAGCCGCAGCUGAACGCAGACAGACACUCAAGAACACAGAGGGGAAGCCUCUCAGUAGACAACCCGUCCCAGGGCUAGCUGUGGAAAUGAAAUUGUUUUGAUAGGGAAGGGGUGAUGCUUAUGCCGUUUGUCGUUAUGUAGAUACGUUUAUCUUAGCUGCUUAUGUUCUCAAGCAACUGGUAAUUGGAAGUGCAUGCCCGAACGUGAUCUGGACAGAUCAACAGUAACCUGAACAUUUCAGCCUAGGGAACUGCGUUUGUUAUCUAGCUAGUACUACCCAUCCCCAGCUAACUUACCACGGGAAGACUUUCUUGUUCAGACUGACUACCUGUGAUGGAGUAAUCCACGGGUCCAUCAAUGUCUGGUUAAAAUCCACGGGGCUGCAGGUACCUCGAUGACCACAGGAUAUUUACACCAGAAAGCCAUCAACCAUAACAAGGCUGCCAGUGCUGGUUUUGCUGUCGCUGAGAAUCUGCUUUUCGCUGCGUGAGCCGCAUGAGUCAUGCGCGUCUCUGAGCAGCUCUGAGGGCUUUUGGGCCGAGUGGGAAUAAUGGAGUGUUCUACAGAGUCCCAGGGGGAAGCUGACAGAGCUCUGCUUCAUGCAGAGAUCAAAGAACCCCCUGGCAGUUCAGCUGCCUUAAUGCCGGGAGACGAUGCUGCCCUUUUGACCCCAGGGAGGAUGAGUCAGCGCCAAGGGAAGGAGGCGGGACUUCAGACGCCCAAUCCCAAUCGAGACCUUCUCACAAGCCCCUCCCUCAGCCCUGGGAUCAGCUACAGCCAUGGGUUUGAUCGGGGUAGAGACGACGCACUGCCUCUACGGGAGGACGGCCAAUCCAUAUCCAAGAGCAAGUCUGAAUCGAAGCUCUCCAACGGGUCGGACAAAGAUGUGUCAACGUCUGGCACCAAGCUCACGAAGAAGGAGUCACUCAAGGUCCAGAAGAAGAACUACCGUGAGGAGAAGAAGCGUGCCACCAAGGAGCUGCUCAGCACCAUCACGGACCCCUCGGUCAUCGUCAUGGCCGACUGGCUCAAGAUCCGUGGCACCCUGAAGAGCUGGACCAAGCUGUGGUGCGUGCUGAAGCCGGGGGUGCUGCUAAUCUACAAGACGCACAAGAACGGCCAGUGGGUGGGCACGGUGCUGCUGAACGCCUGCGAGCUCAUCGAGAGGCCCUCCAAGAAGGACGGCUUCUGCUUCAAGCUCUUCCACCCCCUGGAGCAGUCCAUCUGGGCAGUCAAGGGCCCCAAAGGAGAGGCGGUGGGCUCGAUCACUCAGCCGCUGCCCAGCAGUCACCUCAUAUUCCGCGCUGCCUCAGAGUCCGACGGACGGUGUUGGAUGGAUGCCCUGGAGCUGGCCCUGAAGUGCUCGAGCCUGCUAAAGCGCACCAUGAUCCGCGAGGGCAAGGAGGAGAUGGGCACGGCCACCGAGCACUCGCACAUCAACUUCUACAGCCUGCUCCGAGCACACAACAUGCAGGGCUUCCAGUUCAACGACAGCGACCAGUUCAAGGACCAGGACCUGUACUCGGACAAGUCGGACCGGGAGAACGAGCAGGACCACGAGGAGUCGGACAACGAGGCGCUGGAGAAGAGCGAGGAGAGCGACAGCGACACGUCGGAGCGCCAGGACGACUCCUACGUAGACACGGACCCCAACGAGGCGCUGAGGGAGACGCCGUACCUGGAGCAGAGCCACGAGGAGCUAGGGGAGGCUGGCGAGGCGUCUCAAACAGAGACGGUAUCUGAGGAGAACAAGUCUCUGAUCUGGACGUUGCUAAAGCAGGUGCGGCCGGGCAUGGACCUCUCCAAAGUGGUGCUGCCCACCUUCAUCCUGGAGCCCCGCUCCUUCCUCGACAAGCUCUCCGACUACUACUACCACGCAGACUUCCUCUCAGAGGCGGCGGCAGAAGAUCAUGCCUACAAUAGGAUGAAGAAGGUGGUGAAGUGGUACAUCUCCGGCUUCUACAAAAAGCCAAAGGGACUGAAGAAGCCGUACAAUCCCAUCAUCGGGGAGACAUUCCGCUGCAUGUGGCUGCACCCCAAGACCAACAGCAAGACCUUCUACAUCGCCGAACAGGUAUCCCAUCAUCCUCCAGUAUCGGCCUUCUACGUGAGCAACAGGAAGGACGGCUUCUGCCUCAGUGGCAGCAUCCUGGCCAAGUCCAAGUUCUACGGGAACUCUUUGUCGGCCAUCUUGGAUGGGGAGGCGCGGCUCAACUUCCUCAACAGGGGAGAGGACUACGUGAUGAAUAUGCCCUACGCACACUGUAAAGGUAUCCUGUAUGGGACCAUGACUCUGGAGCUGGGUGGUCAGAUCACUGUCACCUGUGAGAAGACUGGCUACAGCGCCCAGCUGGAGUUCAAACUCAAGCCAUUCCUGGGCAGCAGCGACAGCGUGAACCAGAUCUCUGGCAAAAUCAAACUAGGAAAGGAGGUGCUAGCCACUCUAGAGGGACACUGGGACAGUGAGAUUUUCAUCAACGAUAAGAAGACGGGCGUCAUGGAGACGUUCUGGAAUCCCACGCAGGACCUGCGGCAGAGCCGGCUUACGCGCUGCACAGUCACGCCAGAGGAGCAGAGCGAGAACGAGUCAGAGAGGUUGUGGCAGCACGUGACUCGUGCCAUCAACAACAAGGACCAGACGGAGGCCACCAAUGAGAAGUUCAUCCUGGAGGAGGCCCAGAGGAAAUCGGCCCGCGAGCGCAAGGCCAAGUGCGAGGACUGGAACCCCGCCCUGUUCGAACAGGACCCCAUCACUGGGGAGUGGCACUACCGAUAUGCAGAUACACGGCCGUGGGACCCACUGAACGAUCUGAUUCAGUUUGAGAAAGACGGCUGCGUCCAGACUAAAGUGCGCCACCGCACCCCUAUGGUACGUUCUGGCAGUGUUCUUAGUCUCAGUAACCAGGGCUCGCGGAGGGACAAUUGCAAGUGCCAGCAGGUGACAGGACCCAAGCGGAAGAUGAAGCAGGCAGACAAGCCCAGCAAGAGCCCCGAGAGCGGAUGCUCCUCACCAGAGCCCGACCGACAAGACUCGUCAGGCAGUGAGAGACACAAAAGCAAGCAUAGCAGCCGGUUAAGGAAGAAAGGGGCCGACCUCAGUGAACUUCAGAGUGCCAUUGAAUCCAUAAAGAAGACGCAAGAGGACAUCAACAGGAGUGUGAGUGUGCUGCGUGGUCGUGCGGCGUCGGUGCACGGUGCGUCUGAGGGGAGCUUUCUGCACCAGAGGGACUACCUGGUCAUCUUCUUCCUCAUCGCGCUCCAGAUCUUCAUCAACUUCCUCUUCAAGUAAAAACCACCAAAACACCAACCAACACCAUCACCUGCCUGCCUGCCUGCCUGCCUGCCUGCCUGCCUGCCGUCAGAGGACCAUGCUCCAACCUGCCCCCUCUCACUACACACACACACGCGCACACACACACACACACUCAAACGCUGACUCAUAUACACACUCUCAGACUCAGACUCUCAGUCCCACGCAUAAAAGUACUCUGAUGCAUACAUAUUCUGUCUCUGUCUAUCUCUCUCACACACACACACACACACACACGUACACACACACAUUCACGCACACGCUCAUGCACACACACGCAAACACACGCACACACACGUCGCUGUGUGUGCAGGUAGAGCUGGCGUGAUGUGGAUGCCUAUGGUGGAUCCUCAGGUGUGUUUGUGCGUAAAUGUGCUCUCACUUCAGACCUUCAUACUGCUGCCAGGAGCAACACUGAGCUGAGCACCGAGGGCAGAGGAGAGGAGAGGAGAGGGGAGAUGAGAAGCAACAAAUAGUGUCUUACCUGGAAUACUCUUCCCCCAACACAUUUCUUCUAUCCCCCUCUCAUUGUCUCUCUUUCCCCCCUCUCUCUCUCUCUCUCUCUCUCUCUCUCUCUCUCUCUCUCUCUCUCUCUCUCUCUCUCUCUCUCUCUCUCUCUCUCUCUCUCUCUCCCUCUCUCUCUCUCUCUCUCUCUGCCCUCUAUGUCUACCCAUUUCUCUGCCUCUCUCUUUCUUGACCAAUAUGGACUGUGCAAACCAUCAAACUCCCCCUCUCUGUGUCUCUGCUCACAAGGCUGAAGAUGAAUAUGAACUCCUAUUAUUUAUUGUUUUUAAAAUAAAUAUAAUAAUAAACCGACCAGACGGAUUAUCCAACGAUGCGAACAUGCCACACACCUUUACCAAAACGCAAUCCCAUUGGCUGACGCCUGCCCCUCCCCCCUUGGCGUCUGGAACCACAUCCAACCAAUGAGCAGCCACCAGGAAGUAGACUUAACUGCUCCUGUUGUACUGUAGAUGUGCUGUGCUCAGUGGGAUAUCAUCUUGUUUUUAAAUGAUAAUGUUUAUGCUUAUGUUUUUCUCAUCUGGAGCGUCACUAAGGGUUUGUCGCAGUAUCCGUCACAAUGACAGAAGAACUAUCUGACGAGAGCACCUGGACGUUGUUUUUCCUUUCACAUUUGUGACACAUUAGUGGGUUUUUAAAGAGAGGAAACCAUUUGUAUUUUUAAAUUAGUUUAUUUUUUGUAUGUCAUUUUUUUUCUAGCUUAGAUGUGUUAAGGAGGCGUGGAGAUGAGUUGCUGAGGUCCAAAGUGUUUAAAAACUGCUUGAAGAACUUUUAUGACUGAAAGUGGGAUUUUUCAGGAAGGGUUUUGCUUGAAUUGUGGAUGAAAUGGAAACUGAACUGCUAAAAAAAGAGAGUAUCUUUUUUGAGGGGAGGAGGAUAGAGAUUGCAUCCUUAAGUCCAGACCAUUGUAAUAUUAUUUCUUGCAUUCUCGUUUUAUCAUCCACUUUCAGUUUGAAACUGGAGGAAAAAUGCUCACAAUAUCUUAACUCUUAUAAAUAAGCAUGUACAAAAAGAAGGAAAAAAACAAAACCUUUGAAUUUACAUUCUUGCCCAUGCCGUUUUAAAACCUUUAGUCCAUCUAGAUACUAGACCUAGAACCUAGGGGAAGAAGACAAAAAAAGAAGUGACUUUAAUUUUUGUAGUUGAAUAAAUACAUUAAUUAAUAAUUAAAUGUUAUUCUCUUAGCGAGAAGAUGACUAGAUGUAAAGUGGAGAGCCAAAUACAGUAUGUAGAUUAAUAGCUAAAUAAGUCCUGUUGACUUCCUGUAAAUAGGUUGUUUUAACUGAUUUUAUGUUUUGUUUUGUUUUUCGUAGGAAUGGUCUUGUUUUGAUGUUUUUGUUAUGUUCUGUUUUACUUUUCGUUUUCAGAGCUCUGUCGGUCUCUGUUCUUCAUCCUCCACGUGGCUUUGUACAGUGGGCCUCUGUGUGUGUGUGCGUGUGCGUGUGUGUGUAUGUAUGCGUGUGCGUGUGCGUGUGCAUGUGAGAGAAAGAGAGAGAGUGGGGAUUUGUACAGAUCCGUAUGUGUGCACGUAGUCGCCUCUUUGUCUGCUUACUCUGUGUCGGAAAAAAAACAAAGCCAGACAAUUUGAAUGUGGUCAUUAUCACUUUAACGACAAUUAACAGACAAAUAACAGUAAAAUACAAAAUAAAAUCAAUUGUGCCUUUUUAGACGAGGUCCAAGAGCUUUGGUUUGUGUGGAGGGUUGUGGGCUUAGGAUAUAAAAAGGGGGAGUGGCUUAGUGGGGAAAGGAUGCGUUUGUUUAUUUUCUUCUUCUUCCAUGAAUCUGAUUGGACGUGCCAUAACAAGCCUUAGAUGAGAGGCCCACUUUGCAAACUGUGGCUCUCUGUCAACUGACGAGUCUGUAGUGCUGCCCUGUGCGUGUAUGUGCGCGUGCGUGCAAGCGAGCGAGCGAGUGAAUGUGAGUGAGUGUUUUCCUGGAGCUGACUCCUGCCAUUGGCGCCCCAGAGUUCCACCUCUUCUUUCUCUUUCUUCUCUCUGUCUUUCUCUUCUCUUCUCUCUCUCUCUCUCUCUCUCUCUCUCUCUCUCUCUCUCUCUCUCUCUCUCUCUCUGUCCCUCCCUUCAUCUCUCCCUCUAUCUGUCUGUCCUCUCCACUGUGGCACCUAACCAAGGGAACAACUAAUAUGUUGGCUUUGUCUUUAAUCAUUUGAUGUUUUAAAAAAAUGAGUGUAUUGUUUUUACUUUCUUUUUACUAUGUCUAUUUUUUUCUUUCUUUUUUUGCUUCUAGGAUUUAGCUCAACGCCUAUUUUUCAAAAACACAAGAAUUUAUACACACAAAAUAGUAAUUAUGAUGAUCUUGUUGUUAUGUGUCGGUCAUUGACCACUGAGACUUUGAGGAUGUGGAGAGGUGCCGUCCCUCUCCCACCUUCCUUUAAACACACACACACACACACACACACACACACACACACACACACACACUCGUAUUUAUUUGUAAUAAUAAUCCGGGGAUGUGUUUGUUGUCACAUUGUAACAUAUCACCACAAUUAAACAGCGACAUCCUCUCA